AUGAAGAACAUGGUAAGUGCACUUGUAGUGCUUCUUUCUCUUUUUAUCAGAGAGUGCAGAGGGGGAGGACAUAGCUCCAGCGCAGAAAGAUCUACAGACGAUCCCAUGAUAGGAGAGGGUGGCACAGCAAGACAGAGAAAUAGCAAAGCUAAUCAUGAUUCCUUGGAUCCGAACCCAGCUCUAGAUGCUGUAACUAAUGAAAAAGAAUGCGAUUAUAAUAAUUUUGACAUGGUGGAUAAACCCUGGGUUGGCCUGGCUGGAGACAUAGAAGAUGUUGCAAAGCAGUAUAAUUUGACUCAGCAGGAUAUAAAAAACCUUGAUACGUAUGAAAAUGUUUUUAAUAAAGCAGAUAGUAACAGAAGUGCCAGCUCGCCUAGUGCAGGAAAAAGAAAAGCUAGUUGCACGGUAGACAGUUCAGUGGAUGGAUCUGAGAGUGUAGCAGGAGAAAAAAGAAGAAAAGAAGAAGAUAGUGUAUACGUAGAUGAUAAAAGAGAAGAUGAUGAUGAAUAUAUAGAUGCUGAGAUUGAAGCGGCAAUAGACAAUUAUAUACAGAUGAUUUCGAGACUCAGAGCGUCUGCUGGGAAGAAAAACAAGGAAACCAUAGCUCCAAAAGAGCACAGUAUGGUCCGCUGGCAGAGCACAAAAUUGACAAACUUGGUAAGACACAGACAUGUAAUAACUUAUGACAAUCUGCACGAGUGCAGGCAUUCAGCCAAAUAUCUAAACGGUCUAGCAAAAGACAAUGUGUAUCAAAGAAAGCUUAAAAACGACAUUAAGUAUUUUUUUGAUAACAUUUCUUCUCUGAUAAAGGAUAACGGGUUCCUCUAUUUUCUUGCAAGCAGGCCCACACGGUUAAAUCCAAAACACAGGUAUCUUUUCGGGACAAAGUAUCUGUGUGUGAACAGUGAGAACACUGCAUACAAAAAAAUGGUAGAGAGUUUUGCAGGGUACUAUCCUGGUAUAGUCGAUGACUUGAUAGCAUAUCUGGAAGAGAACGAGCCAAUGAAAAUAAGAGAAGACAAGUUUCCAGCCGAGUGGAAAAGGACCCUAGGCGAUAUUUACAUGAGUGAGUGCCCUAAAGUAAACUAUAAAAUGUUUAAGAAACAGAGAAAUAUUGCCCAAGUAGACAGUAGGCACCGCGCACUCGCAUAUGCUAUGCACAUGAUUAUAAUGCUGCCCGAAGUGUACCAGGACUUUUCUAAGAUCAGCGAAAAGUUUAUAGAAGAGACGUGCAACAGUAUGUCAGACGACAAGGACAGAAAUAAGAGGAAUGUUCAGAUUAUAUUGGUAAUGAGAGAAAUAAUGCGUAUGCAUAUAGGAGAAAUAAUAGAUGAAGCUGCAUACGCUAAGCUGUACAAUAUGCUUAAAAGUGUGCUUGGCGAAGCAAGAAUGCUGCAGGCCACAGCUGUGGAUCUGUAUGCACACAUAUAUAGCUUUCUUGUGGAGUUCUACAAAAAAGCUGUGAUUUUUGACAAAAACAACAGAUAUGUUCUGGUAGGCAAGUACGUAAUAAAGAAGCAGAGACAGAUAAAAGGAGAAAUAGUGGUAAACAUGGCAGCAGGCAAGCCGGAAGAGAGAAUGUCAGCUCCAAGCUACUCGUUUGAGGAGGGCAUAUGGAGUGUCUCGCCAGUUAAGCAUAGCCACUACCAUGUGUACUAUGUGGACAAUACAAUGGGCCAGCCCAGAAGACUGUGCAUGCCUAUCUACAAGGGAGAAGAGAGCAAAGAAGAGCAAUACUUGCACACAAUUGAUGGAAUAGUAGAAUAUAUAAAGGAGCUGUAUGAAAUGGCAAAGAACUCAGAUUUUAUACACCCGUUUAAAGUGGACAAAGAAACUAAAAAAUGGUCGUACAUCAGCGCAAGCGACAGAAGUAAAACAGCGAAAGAGCUAGAGGGAUACGAGGUAGUAUUUUACCAUAUUAAGGACAGCCUAGAGGAGAAUUUUACUUUUGCAGAGUUUGAGCCUGCAGAACCGUACGGAGCGAAUAGGAU